GCUCCGCCCGCCCGCCCGCCCGGAGAGCCUGCCUGCUCGGAAGCGGAGCGUGCGGAGGGGCCGGCGUCCCGCGACGGUGAGAGGUUUGCGCUCGGGAAGCGGCGCGAUGCAGGCUCAGCCGCCCCUGCACGGCGGCUACUUCCACCCGGUGCUUCGCUCGUGGCAGGCGGCGGCCGCCGCCCUCCACGCCCGGCAUCUGGUCUACCCGAUCUUCGUCUCGGAUAGCCAGGAUGCCGUGGAGCCGAUCGCCAGCCUGCCCGGGCAAGCUCGGCACGGGGUCAACAAGCUGGAAGAGCUGCUCAGCCCCCUGGUGGCUGACGGGCUGACGUGCGUGCUGAUCUUUGGCGUCCCAAGCCGGGCCAUGAAGGAUGAGCGCGGCUCUGCAGCCGAUGCCAAAGACACGCCUGUCAUCCAGGCCAUACAGAUGAUCCGCUCCUUGUUCCCCGAGCUGCUGAUUGCGUGUGAUGUCUGCUUGUGCCCUUAUACCUCGCAUGGGCACUGUGGUCUCCUUCGGCAGGACGGCUCCCUUCAGAAUGAGGCCAGCUGCCGGAGACUGGCUGAGGUGGCCCUGGCCUACGCCAAGGCAGGCUGCCACAUCGUGGCCCCCUCGGACAUGAUGGAUGGGCGCAUCCACGCAAUCAAGGAAGCCUUGCUUGCCAAUGACCUGGGCAAUAAGGUGUCGGUCCUGAGCUACAGUGCCAAAUUUGCUUCCUGCUUCUAUGGCCCUUUCAGAGACGCGGCCUUAUCCAAGCCCGCCUUUGGGGACCGGCGGUGCUACCAGCUUCCUCCAGGAUCUCGAGGGUUGGCUCUGCGGGCAGCGGACCGGGAUGUGCAGGAGGGGGCAGACAUACUGAUGGUAAAGCCUGGGAUGCCCUACCUUGACCUUGUGCGGGAAGUGAAGGACAAACACCCCAGCCACCCCCUGGCUGUCUACCAUGUCUCGGGAGAGUUUGCCAUGCUGUGGCAUGGGGCACAGGCCGGAGCCUUUGACCUGAAGGCAGCAGUGAUGGAGGCCAUGACCGGGUUCAGACGAGCAGGAGCCGAUGUCGUCAUCACCUACUACACGCCUCAGCUUCUGCGAUGGCUGAAAGAAGGGCAGGUGUGAAGAGGCUCCCUGGUCUGGCGAGCAGGAGGGAAGCAGGAGACAUGAUGGAAAGCACUGGGUGGCCGAAGGCGGGAAGCUGGGAGGUUUUUUUCUUUUACAGCUUUUAGAAGAGCUCGCUUCAAAAUUUGUGUCUUGUAAAGAAAUUUGGCUGCUGAAAUUUGUUGUAACAAAUUUUCCUGAUCCCUGCCGAUACUUUCUUUAAAAACAAACAUUUGCCUUUUAAAAUACUGCUACAAUGUUAUUACGUGGAUUUUGUCUAUGCUGGUUAGUGGCAAAAUAUCCAGAGACACGUAUUGACUGAAAAGCCGUCGGGGAACAUUUAGCCAGAGGGCUGCUGUGUAGUCGCAGAGGGCCUUGUGAGCCACAGGGAAGCCGAUCCUCUGCCAGAAGGAAGAAAGAGGAAAGACGUUUUUCUAAAAACAAACAAACAAACAAAACCUUGUAAGCUUUUAAGCCACUCUGUAUCCUCCCCAAGGGGAUUUUUUUUCACCUGCAGUCUCAGUCUGAGGCUCUGGUGUCUCAGUUUGCCUUUCAAAUCCACUUAAGUAAAACCUUUUAAAAGAAA